ACUACGAUAGAAGAGAAGCAGAGAAGCACCAAGAAACAGGCUGAAGACGCCAUCAGAGAGAUGGAACAGGAGAUCUCUGAUCUGAUGAAGAGGAGCACUGAGGUGGAGAAGCUCUCCCUCUCUGAAGACCACCUCCACCUCCUCCAGAGUGUCCAGUCCCUCAACAUCCACCAUCCACCACCCACCAAGGACUGGUCUCAGGUCAGUGUUCCUCCAGCAUCACAUGAGGGGACUGUGAGGAGAGCUGUGUCUCAGCUGGAGGAGACGCUCAGUAACAUGAUGAAGACGCUGGAUGCUGAAGUUGAGAUGAAGAGGGUCCAGAAGUUUGCAGUGGACGUGACUCUUGAUUCUGAAACAGCUCAUCAUGACCUCAUCCUGUCUGAUGACAGGAAACAAGUAAAACGUGUUCAGGUAGAGCAGCCACGUCUCCCCGACAAUCCACAGAGGUUCUCUUCUUGUCUCUGUGUUUUAGGAACACAGAAGUUCUCUUCAGAAAAACUUUAUUAUGAGGUUCAAGUUAAACGAAAGUCUGAAUGGGAUGUAGGAGUGGUCAGAGAGUCGGUCAACAGGAAGGGACUCAUCACACUGAGUCCUGAAGGUGGUUACUGGGCUAUAUAUUUGAGAAAUGGAAAUGAGUACAGAGCUGCUGACCCUUCAGUUCUUCUCUCCCUGAAGUCUGUCCCUCAGAAGGUGGGGGUGUUUGUGGACUAUGAGGAGGGUCUGGUCUCCUUCUAUGACGUAGAAGCUGCAGCUCUCAUCUACUCCUUUACUGGCUGCUCCUUCAAGGAGAAACUCCUCCCAUACUUCUAUCCUGGUCUUUAUCAUGGUGGUAAAAACUCUGCUCCUCUGAUCAUCUCUCCUGUUGGAGUAAACUAAUCACUUCUCUCACGUCCUUCAAGGGAAACUAUUUAGACUCAACCCUGUGUGGUCUCCACCUCAUCUCCUCCACCUCA